AUGCAAAUUUUGAUUAUUCUUGCUGCAUUCUCGACAUGCUACACACUUGCAUUUCUACAACAAACAAUUGCUAUUCGAGGACAAUUAAUGUGUGGUGCAAAAGCAUUGGAUGAUGCUCGAAUUGAAGUAUGGAAUAAAAAUAAACUUGGUGUUGAUGAUCGACUGAUCAAUACAAGAACGAAUAAUGCAGGUCAUUUUGAGGCUAUUGGUGCAUUUUUUCAUAUUAAACCAUAUAUGAAGAUAUAUCAUACUUGCGACCGUGAUACCAACAUACUUGGAAUGCAAUUCAAAAAACCAGGUAGUCGUACAGUUAAAUGGACAAUUCCAUCACGAUUUGUUGAUCGUUCAGGCAAAGUUGGAGAAUUCUUUGACAUUGGUAUUGUAAAUAUGCAAAUAAUUUUUCCUAAAGAAGUGAUAAAAUAUUUGUAA